AUGGUGUUGAAUGUCAAAAGGAUUUGCUCAACUGACGAUACGGGCGAUCUUGAGACAUGCGGAGGUGUUGUAGUUAAGCCUUUUCGUUACCAGGUAGCUGGUCAUACAGCAUUUUGCAUGCUACCUAAUGGUCAUCUUCUGAAGCCAUGUGACGAAAGAGAAUUAUAUUUUUAUCAAUUGAUGCCCGAAGCUUUAAUUCCUAUCUCACCUGCCUGUUGCUCAACCAUUCAGGGUGAUUGGUCAGAAUUUUCGUCAAAACCUUGCACACUCUGCUUAGAGGAAUGUGAAGAAAAUGUCGUCAUACCUCGAGCAACUCAGUCACCGACGACACAAAAGAAGCGCAAAAUGUCGAGGAAUUUCUUGGUGUUAAAUGACCUGACUCGUGAUUUUGUGCGACCAUGUGUCUUAGACUUGAAGUUGGGCACUAGACAACAUGGUGACGGUGCAUCAGCCGCCAAGGCUGCUUCUCAGAUAGAAAAAUGCUUUAAAACAACUUCAGCACGAAUGGGGAUCCGUUUAUGCGGAAUGUAUCUGUCACUUCCUUCAGGAGACAUUCUAACCAAAGAUAAAUACGCUGGACGUCUUUUGACCGAUGAAAUGCUCACUGAAGAUAUUAGAAGAUUUUUCAGCUCCUCAGCUGAUUCCAUUUCAAUAGUUUUAGAAAAAGUUCAAAAAAUUACAAAGACGUUGCAAUCUAUGGAUGGCAUACGCUUGUUUGGCUCAUCAAUUCUGGUUGUCGUAGAAGGAGACACUUCCCGUUCACCGAAAGCUGAAGUGCGCAUUGUUGAUUUUGCGAACGCCACGUUCCCAGGAUUUUUAGAAGAUCAACUGUACACUGGACCAGAUGAAGGCUCACUGAAAGGUCUAUCAGUACUUGAGGGUAUUUUGAAAUCAUGUUAA